AUGACAGCCGGGACAGUGGUCAUCACUGGUGGAAUACUAGCUACAGUUAUAUUACUCCUUAUCAUCGCAGUAUUGUGCUACUGUAGGCUGCAGUAUUAUUGCUGCAAGAAGGAAGAGUCCGAGUCGGAGGAGGAGGAGCCAGACUUUGCUGUAACGUCCCGCCUCCCACCGGUCCACUCCAAUCACAACAUUGUGGCGGCGACGGCUGCCGCGUCCUCCAUCCCGAAUGGCCCCGCCCUUUUCUCCACCCCUCCACUGGCCAGGAAACUAACACGCUCACAGACCUUCUGUCCGUCCUGUACGCACUAUGACCUGCCUUUCUACCUUCAGCCUCCUGCUCAGCCGCAGAUCCACCAUCAACCAGAUGGGUUGAGGAACGGAGGUGACCGGAUCAGCUACCGCAGCGUCCAGCAGCAGGACCUGGACCUGCCAGUGCCUGUGAACAUUUCAAACUACCGUAAACCAAACCUUGGCCGGUCGGUCACCAUGAGGGACAUGUUCACCCGCAGCUGUAGCAUCAGCACUGAUGUUUAG